AGCAUCGGUUGCCACAAAGGCAUGCAAGCAACAGUCCCCCUGUUUGAACGCCAGUUCUUUCAAGCAUUUCGUCGAACACUUUCCACCUCUUCUCCCACCCAAACUCUCCUCAAUUCAAGAACUUUUAGAUUUUGUACGCAAGCAACUGAUACUUCAGAAUCUAUCCAAGUCGGAAAGGAAGAACUCAAGUACGAAGGCCGAACAGUUGACGGUUCGCAACCAACCAGAGAGGGUAAAGAAGAAGAAGAAGAACCCAAAAGCUUAUGUGGGAGGAUAGAGAGGCUAGCAAGAGGCGCCCCUGUUGGGUCGGCGUUCCAGAGCUGGAUGGGCGAUGGAUUUCCCAUUCACAGAGGCGAUAUUUUUCUCACCAUUAAUCGUUUACGCAAACGUAAAUUUAAUAAGCGUGCUCUUGAGGUGAUGGAAUGGGUGAUUAGGGAACGGCCCUACAUGCCAAAGGAACUGGAUUAUUCAUAUCUAUUGGAAUUCACAGCUAAGCUUCAUGGGAUAUCACAAGGUGAGAAGCUAUUUUCUCAUAUACCUUUACAGUUCCAGGAUGAGUUGCUGUACAACAAUCUUGUGAUUGCUUGCCUGGAUAAAGGCAUGAUAAGAUUAUCAUUAGCUUACAUGAGAAAGAUGAGAGAACUCGGUCACUCCAUCUCGUACAUGGUUUUUAACCGCCUAAUAAUCCUCCAUUCCUCCCCUACCCGAAGAAAAUCCAUCCCUAAAAUCCUCACUCAAAUGAAAGCCGAUAAAGUGGCCCGACAUGUCUCCACUUUCAACAUUCUUUUGAAAAUGGAAGCUAACCAACACAACAUUGAAGGGUUGAUGAAGGUUUUUGGUGACAUGAAUCGUACAAAUGUUGAGCCAAAUGAGAUAACUUACUGUAUAAUCGCCACCGCGCAUGCUGUAGCUAGGUUGUACACUGCUUGUGAGACUUAUGUCGAAGCUAUCGAGAAGGCAAUGACUGGGAAUAACUGGUCAACCCUAGAUAUACUCAUUAUAUUAUACGGGUAUCUGCAAAAACCGAAAGAUCUAGAAAGAAUAUGGAGAACCAUACAAGAACAACCUCAUGUUAAAUCCAAAAGCUAUAUGCUGGCCAUUGAAGCUUUAGGCAAGAUUGGAGAUAUAAGUCGAGCCGAAGAUCUAUGGUCAGAAAUGAAGUUAAAGGAAGAGUUAAAAUCAACGGAACAAUUCAAUUCGUUGAUAUCCGUUUAUUGCAGACAUGGUCAUGUUAGCAAAGCAACGGGGGUGUAUCGGGAAAUGGAGAAACAUGGAUGCAAACCAAAUUCCAUAACUUUCAGACAUCUUGCUGCUGGUUGUUUGAAAGCAGGGUUGGUGAAGGAAGGUCUGAAAACAUUAGAGUUGGGUAUGGAUGUAAACACGAGCAUGAGUGUUAAAAGGUCGACCCCAUGGUUGGAAACGACUUACUCGAUGGUCGAAGCUCUUGCAGAGGACGGUAAUGUGGAAAAUGCAGAGAAGCUGUUCGAUGAAUUGAAGAAAGCUAAUUAUGCCAGGUACACUUUUGUUUACAAUGCAUUGAUAAAAUGUUAUGUGAAGGCCAAAAUUUAUGAUCCAAAUCUUCUAAAACGUAUGAUUCUUGGAGGGUCUAGACCCGAUUCCGAGACCUAUAGCCUUUUGAAAGUUCUUGAACAGUUUCGUCGAUAGUUUUGCUGAUUAAUUUGCCAUUUCUGUAACAAUUGUCUUAACAAAAACAGUCUGUUUUAUCUUCUGGGGUAGAUGACAUGUUCGAGUAAGAUAUAAUGGGUUGGUUUGAUUUGGUUUUGGUUUUGUGAUCAAUAGCAAUUGUGAUUCAAAGU